GUUUCAGAAAAUGUCAGGUAGAUCAUUCUUGCUGGUUCGGAAAAUCAAGGAUAUAUCAAAUCUCGAAGAUGGAGAUAAUUUCAAGUGUGAUAAUGAAGUACGAUACAACAUUCCAUGGAGCCUUGGCAUUUCCAAAAACGAUGGAUUUCUUGGUUUCAACUUGCACUGUGAAAAGCAAGAGUGCGAAAAAAAGUGGACUUUUGAUACGAAAUUCAUCAUGAAGUUAGUAGCAGGCAAUGGAAAAUGUUUCCGACGGACUGUACAACAUAAAUUCCAAAAGCCGGAAGGACAUGGAAUGGAUAAAUUCAUAAGUUGGGAGAAUUUGCUAAAGGAUUAUGUGGUUAAUAAUAGUAUUAUCAUUGAAAUCUAUGCCAAUAUCGUCAACAGCACAGGGUUUUUUGAUAUCAAGCAUCCUCCACCGCAACCAUAUAGGAAUGUUUCAUUUCUUCUGAAACAUACAUUCAAGAACAUAUCCAAAUUUGUUGAGAAUGAAAGAGAUUUCAGUGAUCCAGAAGAUCAUUACAAUAUGCCAUGGAGAAUUGAAAUUCAAAAAUCAAAGAAAUGUCUUCUAAUCUCUUUGAACUGCGAUAAAGAAAUCUACGAAGAGAGAAAAUGGUCAAUUGAAUGCUUGAUCGAUUUUAGAUUGAUUUCUGCAAAUGGUAAAUUUCAUUCAGAACAGCGUAAGGCUGUUUUUGAAAAUAAAUCUUCGGGCGGGUGCACCGGCGAAUUUAUUAGUUGGAAUGACUUGGAGAAAGAUUAUGUGACCAAUGACUGUAUCGAUGUUGAAGUUCGUGUAACAAUAGAGAAAAUUACAGAUGAGCCAUGUACGAAGAGAACAUUUGCACUAUCAGAGACUUUAAGAAACCUGUCAAGAAUUGAAGAAGAAGUAUUAUACUCUUUGGACAUUCAAAAUUGCUUCAACAUUCCAUGGACACUGCUAAUCCUAAAAGAAAACGGAUUCAUUGGACUAGUUCUCCGGUGUGAAAAAGAACAAUGUGAAUCCAGAAAUUGGUCAAUUGAAAUUGCAUUUCAAUUGAAAAUAGUCUCACCCAAUGGGAGAAGUGCAGUGUUUAGUGGAAAUGUGAUUGAUGAACCAAUUUGUCACGGUACUACGACAUUCAUAACUUGGGACAAUUUGGAAAAUAAUUAUAUUGUCAACGACACUUUCAUUGUUGAAGCUCAAGUGGAUAUUAUCAAAAUGACAGGAAUUGAGGAUGAAACAAUGAUUGAGAAACUUUCAAAAAUUGUAAUUCAUUGAUGGGACAUUAUUUUUUUUUUAAAUUUUAUCUCAUUCUGCGGCGCCAAUAUAAUUAAGAAAAAUCCAGUUCGAGCACGAUUUUCAGACACAAUUCAAUUUUCCGUCUAUUUUUUAAAAAAAUGAAAAUCUCCAGAAAAAACUAUAUCCACAAUUUUUGUUAAACUGCCCCACAAAUGGUUUUCGACAAUAUUCUUCCAGAAAAUUAAAUAAAAAUUACACCUAACCGUGCUCCUUUUUAGGAUUCCACUCAGUGAGUAUGAGUGGUCAAAAAUCAUUUUUUUUCACCUGUUUCCUUAACCACGCAGUCUAAAAAACAUCUGUUUCGUAUUUUCAGAACAAAUAUAUUUUCUAUUGAUUGAAAAAUUUAAAAAUUAAAUGCAAAUGCACAACUC